AAAAAAGGCAAUAAAAGAUUAAUAAAAAAAAAGUUAACAUUCACUAAAACCACCUUUGACCAACCAGUUUUGAAGAAUUCAAUUUAUUUCGCUGAAAUAUUUUAGUGCUUCCGCUAAAAAUUAUCUUUCAGGAAUAAAACCAAUCGCUAACACCAAAUUCUGAGACCACCGCAGAUUGUCACCGUAGGGGGCGCUGUUGCAUGUCAAUACACCAAAAACGUAAGAACCAACGCAAACAGAAAAACAAAGAAAAAGCCGAACAAAGAAUAUAAAGUAACAUCUGAUCUGACCUUUAAUAUUAUGACCAUUACGGAAAUAUAGACGGUCACAGAAUAUGAUAGCGCUUAUCAUAUACUCUAAGUAUUAAAUACUUAAACUGUUUCUGCUACAUUGACAGUCAGAUACUUUUUAUUCUUUGGCGGAUGGAGAGAGUUAGCAGAAACUGUUGGUACUAAAGUUACAGCGUGGUCACAAUAACGUCACAUUUUGUGACCACGGUUAUGGCAAAGCGCGGUGUAAGACCAGAACAGCGCCCCCUGCGGUCACAAUACACAGUGUAAACGGAAUACGGUGUAACAUCUGUACAAAUGUUUCAAGUUAUGACUAUAGUGUGACUAAUUGUGAACAAGUUGAAAAAAAAAAACAAUUUUCAAGGCGAUGUAUGUAAUCGUACAAAUAAAAAUUAAAACUAUCUUAGGACCAAAUCUGGAUGGGAAUGCCAGAAGCUUCCAAACUGUGGCCCACAUCACACACCUGUGUCUAAAAUGUCUAAAAUCUGUUUUAUUUUGUUGGUUGGGGGGGGAAAUACUGUGACGCAGAAGGCUAAUUCCCCCGGCGGUGCAGCAGAGGGCGUCAGACUACACAUUACUGCUCCUCGGGCCUGAGAGGAGGAUGGAGCUGGGGUUGUAAACAGAGCAGCUGGGCCCGGUGCUGGUCCAGCGAACCUCCCAGCCUUUUUUUCUUCUUUUUUUUUCUUUUCCCUUCUCUUCACCAAACCUCCGCAGUUCGCCUGUCCCAGCAGGGCUCUCCGAACAUGAAGCUCUGGGCUGUGUUUUUUCUGGCACUGCUCUGUCUGGAGCUCCAAGAUGGAUCCUGCCAGGCGAUCAAGAGGAAGAAAGACGCGGGGGAAAGCGGCGCCCAUCCUGGUGGGAAGCGGGCGAGGGCCCGCCAGCCGGCUCCAACCAGCAGGAAGGGGAAGAGCCAGUCCCUGCUGACCCAGGUGUUGGACAAGGGCCGCUUCCUGCGCCUGGGCCCCAGCACCACCCUGACUCCCGGGAAGAGCGUGGAGCUGCGCUGCAAAGGGACCAACAUCGGAUGGUCCUACCCGACCUACCUGGACACCUUCAACGACUCGCGCCUCAGCAUCAAGCACAGCGACAAGUACAGCCAGCUGGUCCUGACCUCGCCCUCUGCUGCAGACACGGGUUCCUACAGCUGCUGGGUCAUAGUGUGCGACGGGACGGAGUGCCAGAGGGACCAAGACCGCACGUAUUCAUCCUACGUCUAUUUCACAGACAAAGAGAACCUCUUCGUCCCGUCUGCGAUCCACUUCGAGAUCGUGUACCUGCGCCCCGACAGGCCCGCGGUCGUGCCCUGUCGCGUGACCGAGCCCCGAGUUGAGGCGUCGCUCCACCGAGAAGUCCCUCCCGAGGAAAUCACAGCAAACCAGACUCUUUUGACCUUCGACCCCACCAAGGGUUUCAUCCUACAGAACCCCAGCGCGGAUCUUCAGGGGGUCUUCUACUGCAAGGCUGCCUCCAAGGGGACGCCUCAGAUCUCCACCAAAUACCAGCUGCUGUAUGUGGAAGUUCCCAGCGGGGCCCCGUUCGUGAGCCUGGGAGCCUCUCCGGAGACGGUGAGAGGAGGCGGCGGCAAUGUUAACGUGACCUGCACUGCGCUGGGAGAACCGGAGGAGGACGUGAGCUUCAGCUGGUCGUAUCCCGGACAGGACAAGCGUCCGGCUCGCAUCCAGACGUUGUGGAGGCUGGUGAACAGAGGCAUGGGCCACACCACAAGGGUCUCCCAGAGCAUCUUGUCUGUGGAGGACAUGCAAACCAUCGACUUCGGUGACUACAUCUGUAAAGCUAAGAACAUAAACGGCGAGACGAUAGUGACGACUAAAAUCGCCUCUUCAUAAUCGCCACCCAGCAGCGUAUGAAACAGGUUUUUUGUUUUUUUGUGAUGGACCUUUUCCACAUGUAAAGCCUUAACGUUGAGGCAGCCGUCUGCGGGACCAGAUAACGUCCAUGUUUGUUCAACAGAACGGUGUGCAGUAUCGCAAUAUUUUUGAAAGACGCAAUAAAGAUUCUGUAAUUGCCUUCAUUCAUUUCAAUGAAAAA